UAAAGGACUGUAGCAAGGAAUGCGCGUCCUGUAGCAAGGAUCUGCGGAUGCGUACGGUUUAUAAAUACGUGUGUACCACCGCUUGUAAGGACACUAAGUUUCCAAAGUGCGGCGGGACAACACGGAUCAACCGCAGAUGCUGCUAACCUGUAGUGUGGAAGUAUUUAGUGACCAGUGAAACAGAGAGUGUGUUAAUCAUAGCUGGUGAUCUUCGGCUCAGUGCUCUUGUGCCCUUUUACCACGUUGCUUCAUCGAGUGAUGUAGUGGUGGUUUUGAACAGUGUGCAGUAACAUCAUCAAGGCACUGCGUCUACUUACACGUACAGUUGCGUAAAUUUGAAGUGCAUUUUACAUUUUAAACACAGCAGUGCUUAUAUAUUGUUCUGACUAUGUAUCGAAUAAACCUUACCACGUUCACACUUCUUCUAGUACUAACGGUAGGAAGUUUGAUGUCGGAGUCACUGCAUCCAUCAGACGGUGCCAUUAAAGAUUUGUACGAUUAUCUGCUGCAACGGGAGUAUGCUGCCCCCGUAUCGUACGCCGAUCAUCAAAUCAAGCGAAAGGCAGUAAGAUCACCCUCGCUGAGGCUCCGGUUCGGCAGGCGAAGUGAUCCGAGCGUCCCACUACGUUCCGAGGAAGAUGAGCUGAUCGACCAGAAAGCAAUACGUGCACCCCAGCUACGCUUGAGGUUUGGCCGUAACGACCCACUCUGGACAUCGUUCAACGAAAACGCUUUGCUGGAGGAAAACUUUGAAAAGCGAGCACCGUCGCAAAGACUGCGGUGGGGCCGCUCGAACCUGUUUGGCAAUCUCGUAAACCAGUUCCAGCAGGACGAUGUGAUGCAGCAGAAAGCAAUACGGGCACCCCAGCUAAGACUACGAUUCGGCCGCACCGAUCCAUCCUGGGCGAUGUACAAUGAGCAUCAGCUAGCACCGGCCGGUCAGCAGGCACAGCAGUUGGUUAACGAUGCGAGUGAAAAACGUGCACCGACCCAGCGGCUUCGAUGGGGCCGUUCCGAUCCGGCACUGGCGAAAGAUUCCUCCGAGGAUAAAGCGCUAGAAGCGGAGGAAAGCGAAGGCACCAACGUUGAUGACAAGUAAACAUCAUGCUCGGUAACUACCUGAACCCCCAUCCGGUCGUCGUCGUCUUCGCCGUUUGCACAUUCUCGUAUCCGGAACUCUCCUCGAAAAAAAGACAAAAUAAAACGUGCUCCUAUAGGAAGAAGAAGGAAGAAUCCUAAUGCCACACGGAAUCUUUCACUACUCUGUUACGGGCGCGGCUAUGGCUGGCACGAGAUGCUGCCUGACACCAGAGGCCCCAUUCAUGCAUACAAAAUAAUACCCAGUGUUGUCCGCAGUACCAUAUAAAUGCAUCCGGACAUUUGUUGUUUGUUUAACCCCCGACCCCAUCCCGAUCAAUGGCAAUUGGUUUCGAGCGAUCGAGAUGUCGCGAUCGUCUCGCAAGCAGCUAGCAAGUAGAACAUUUUCAUCGAACAAUUACACGCAAACGCGCGCACACAUACACACAUACACAUACAUAAGAAAAUCUACUAAGAGCAAGAAUAUAUUUACCUAUCGUGUUGAUUAGGCGAGGGCUACCCGUUGUUACACAGUUUCCACAGCGUCGAUUGUACAUGAUGGCAGAUGACAACUUUAUUGUAACCACACGCAAACACACCAGCAAACGUAAAUCUGUUGGAACUUUCUUGUUUUAAAAGUGGAAAAUGCAACAAAAUUCCAACAGAUUUCAAAUCCGGUCAGCAUAAAACAAGCAAGCAUAGCAGAGCAACACGCUACGGCGCUUGAUACAAUGCGCAACCUUUAAUCAUGGAUGACCAUUACCUUACGGCUCUUGCGGUACAAUUUUGCGUUUGAAAGCACCUGUCUAUUGCAUAUCGUGCGUGAGUACGAGCUACAUUCCAGAAUAUAGAAGAAAAUUGUGCUUAAAACCGUUGCAACUGAAAGAAGCAACACAGAGUGAAUCUUGUUUUUCUCCAAACAUUUUCGCCUUGAGAUACGCGCGUGCUAAAGCUUCCGUUGCUGAAGGUAAGGCGGAUAAAUAAUAUGCAUGCCUGCAAGCACUGCUCUAUCUACCACUACUGAUCGCACGCACGAACUUGUCAAUGGUUUGAAGCUGAAUUUUCCAAUGCACAGCAAUGCAAUAGAAGAAAAAAUGCCACUUUCACUUUACUUACCUAACUAAUCACACUCUGUGCUCUCAAACAAACAUUUUAUUCCGAACAUGGGCAUACAGAGAGCGCGGUAUAAUAGCUGUGUUUGCUGUAAGAUUUCUGAUAGCGGGCAUGCGAAUGCAUUAUGUGAGGGAACUUAGCUGACACACACACACACACAAAUACACACACAUACACACACACACACACAUUAUGAAUAAAAGGAAAAGUCUACUUACAUAUUUUUAACGCAUCUAACGCAGCCGAUCGUGAAAGGAUAAACUAAACAAUGAUCAUGUGUAUGUACAUAUAUUAUUUAUAAACAAAUAAAAUAUUACCUAGCGGAAACAACCAG